AUGCCAGAGUGCAGUGGUGGGUGGGAGAAACUAGACGAGUACAAAUACAACUUGAAUCCUUUGUCACAUUAUGGAUAUUUCCAAUGUUCUUCGGAGAUCCGUCUAACGGUAUUAACAGUUUCGUUUUCAUUUGAUUUUGAAAGUCGGACACCCCCUCAUUUGGAAUGUUCCACUUUUAGCUCCAUUGAUGACGUUGAAUCCAAAUUCUCCAUACAAUUUCGUUUGCCUAUAGACGAUCUAUACUACUUAAAUAUCGAAGUUACUUAUCUGCACAAAACUUUUCUGGUGAACUUAGCACAGAAUAUUUUCAAGCAUCACAAUAGAUCUCUAUCUAUAUAUCUCCCAUUAAUUAGCACCAGAGAAAUCAACACAACCCCGUACACUCCUCUGGAAUGUUCCACUUUGAAUGGAUCUUUCGCCUGUCUGUUGGAAAUGGCGCCAAAUCAGUUAAGCAGGCGAGUUUUUGUUCUAAGGGAUGGCUACGUUUGGCAGCAUAAUUUUUUUCACCUGUCUCAAAACGCUAAAUGCGUUUACAAGGAGAAAAUUUUUCUCAAAACUGAUAACAAUACAAAAAUAAAGCAUAGAAUUUUUGCGGUGGAGGGCAGUCCGGAUUCCAAAUUCAUCCCAUGUGAGACGCCUUGGAUCUCCGUCAUCCACCUACCACCGAAAACAAUAACGGAAGUCACGGGAUCUGUGGAUCAGUCCCCGACAAAUUUCCCCUUUGGGAUCUGGGAGUGCAGGGAUUUGGAAGGCACAUACGUCGGGACUGCUUUCAUUAUAAGGAGAUAUGAAGGCUAG